UGAAACCAGUCCCCUCCCGGCGGGCAGAGCCCUGAGGCUGCCCAGGGGGAUGCAGAGCAUCUGCCCGGAGCCCUGAGGCUGCCCAGGGGGAUGCAGAGCAUCUGCCCGGAGCCCUGAGGCUGCCCAGGACGUGGGCAGCGCCGAGCGGGCAGGAGGCUGCGCUGCCAGGAAGGUGCAGAACCUGCUCCAGCUCGCCCUGCUCUCGUGCCGUUUUACACUGGAAAGGGUUUAUCCCGUAAAUCUGCUUCGUGGCUGAAGAGGGACCACACGUGCAGCUCUCUACUUCUUUCCAGAUGGAAGACUCUGCCUUGCCAUGCCUUGCUCCUGCACCUUACCAACGCUCUCCGGAAAGCGCUGCUGAUUUUUAAAGAAGUACCUAUAUAUAUAUAUAUAUAUAUAUUUCAAUUGACAAGGUGAAAAGGAAAUAAUUCAGGCAUUAUGCAAACCACAAACGAAUUCCUUAGAACUCAAAUGAGCAGCGGUAAGUGUAACUGAAUGCACAAAACCUUAGCAGACCGACUCCCACACCUGUCAGCCUGAGAGAUGGAACAGCCUCGAGCUUCGCCACCAGAGACUGCUGAGCUACAGGUCUCCUAGCAAAAGACGCCCUGUGCCCGAGAAUGGAAAGUGUUCUAGACCCUUAGCAAAAAGCACCAGAGCAGUCAAAUCAAGAAAGGAACAAAGACGCUGUAAGAUGUUCAACUCCAGCACCAACUCCUCAGGAAACAACUGCAGUCACAGCACAGUAAUAACCAAGACAGUCAUCCCGCUGAUCUACUGUUUCAUUUGCCUCAUGGGGUUCUUGCUGAAUGCCGUGGCAGCGUGGAUCUUUCUGUAUGUUCCCAGCAAUAAGAGUUUCAUUGUCUAUCUCAAAAACAUCGUUGUUGCUGAUCUCCUGAUGAGCUUGACUUUUCCUUUCAAAAUCCUUGCCGAUGCAGAAAUUGCACCUCCCCAGCUCAACACCUUUGUGUGCAGAUACUCUGCUGUUGUUUUUUACACCAACAUGUAUAUCGGGAUAACUUUUUUUGGCCUCAUAGGCUUUGACAGGUACUACAAAAUUGUAAAGCCUUUAUUCACCUCCUUUGUCCACACAGUUAGCUACAGUAAGGUGGUCUCUAUAAUCAUAUGGUUAUCAUUAAUUUUUAUAUCCUUUCCAAACAUGAUUUUAACUAACGAAAUCCCUAGCGAGAAUUAUUCCAUCACAUGCAUACGUCUUAAAAGUGAGCUGGGCAAACAGUGGCACAAAGCAUCAAGUUACAUUUGCACAGGGAUAUUCUGGGUUGUUUUUAUUCUGCUAAUAAUUUUUUACACUUCUAUAUCAAAAAAAAUAUAUAACUCUUAUAAAAAAUUCAGAAGGAACUCAGAGGCAAGCAAGAGAAAGAUCAGCCGCAAUAUAUUCAGUAUCAUGUUUGUAUUUGUCAUUUGCUUUGUACCCUAUCACCUCUGCAGAAUACCCUACACUUUGAGCCAGACUAGCUCAAAAUUCAACUGCCAGUCAAAAAAAACUCUCUUCUACAUGAAGGAGUUUACUCUUGUACUGUCUGCUGCAAAUGUGUGCCUUGACCCCAUUAUUUAUUUUUAUCUCUGCCUACCCUUUAAAGAAAAGCUGUAUCAAAAAGUAUAUCUCAAGCUGAAAAAUGCAAACGAGGCUGAAAUCUCUAAAUGCAGAAGAUCAAAUACACUUCGGGAAAGUAUAAACACAGUGUAGGGUCAGGUCUGCAAAAUAAUGCACCUUUCAGGAAGUUACUGAAUUCAGGUCUGAAAGAAACUGACGAGAUGAGAGCCAGGAAACAGAAAAAAAGAUGCCAGCCUAAAACACCAAGUGGUGUUUCUCUGUAUGAAACAUUCUUGCCAAUCUAUUUCCUAGGUACUAUUUCAGCUGAUGCAAUGCCAGCAUUAUGAUGUGACACGACCUUUCCAGAUCUCAAAACAAAAAGAAAAAUAGAGGAAUAACUGGAACAAAACAUUCUGGAGCUCCAGGCCACGGCUCUCUGAGAGGAUUAUCCAACCGACCCACCAACCAACGGGAUUUGCUGCUGCUUCUGCCAAAGCCAGGCAUGAAACCAUCCUGCCAGGGCUGGGCAGAGCCUGGCAGCAGAGGGGAGGUCAGCAUGGGGCUCUGUGCUCAGCCCCAGGGCCAGGAGAGGGGCCGAGUCCCGGGGGAGCCGCGUGCCCAGCAGCUCAGCCGGCCGAGCGCCGGGGAACCGUGCAGCUCGAGGAAGGAGCUGGACCCAGCAACUGGGGAAGAGCAUUUUUAAAAGCCCAGAUCAAAUCUUCACGUUUCUGCACAGAGCCUAAAAUACCCUUGGUGAAAUGUACUCUAUUUUAAAAUAUAUAUAGACACACACAGAGGGUUUCUUACAGGAAGCAUUGUACAAAAGUAAGGAUCAAACAUGAUUAUUUGCCACCCUUAGGCACCAGCUGCCAGAGAACUUUGUAAAAUGCGAUGUUCAGUAUAAGCAAGUAUUUAAAGAGGAUCCUCUUACAAAUAGCACAGUUACAAGGCACUAUAUUCCUCAAGACUUGUCUGAAAUAACAUGGUAUACACCACAAACUGACUGAGAUCUCAGUAACCCCCUUUCAGUUGUUGCAGAAGGAGGUAAGGACUUUCAAGGAGCUGUUUGAAAAAACACACAUGCAGCUGUCUAGAAAAUCUGGGGUAUAUUUAAAUCCAGAAAGAAUUAUUUGCUGGGUUUUCCUAUGCUUUUGGCAUGAUGACAAAACCUCUCUGUUGUACCAAGGUAAUAACUGAAAAGCACCAACCUUCUAUAUAUAAAUAUAAUCUCUUUUUAA